UUGCUCUAUUGUUUUCAUUUAUUGGAAAAAAUACUUGUUUUUACAGUAUGUACACAUAAUGAAAAAAGUGACAUAUAAGCACUACACGCAUUUACACAUAUACAUAGUAUUUAUUAUGUCUACAUAAUAUCAAUAUUUUUGCAAGAAAGUCUAUCUAUCUAUCUAUCUAUCUAUCUAUCUAUCUCUCAUGAAAUUAAACCCCAAGAUAAAAAGUUCUCUCAUAAGAAGUUCUCUCAUAACAGUUAACCAUAAUAUUAACCACGAUUUGAAACACUCCAUUGUAAAUUCUAAAUGUAUAUUUUGCCUGUUCACAAAGGCCAGCAUAUAUGGAGAUGAGCAGACCAGAACAAACCCUGGCCACUUUGCUAGAGAAGGCAUUCAGGAUCAAAGAAGAUGUGGUCAGCAGUCUGCAUGCCACGCAGGGAUCUGUUUUGAUGGAGGCAUCUGCAAGGAAACUACUAGAAAACCACAUACAUAUCAUCACAAAUAUUGUCAAACACCUCAGCAAGGAUAUUCAGGUGCUGGAGGCUCAGAUUGUUCAGAGGGACAGUAUAGCAUCAGGGACAACUUUUGCAGUUCAAAGCCUGGAUCACAAGAACUUGGCUGUGGUUGGAGAUCUUCGGGGUAGAGUGGCCAGGUGUGAUGCCACUAUAGCCAAGCUGUCUGCGGAUGUUGCAGCUAGAGGACAGGAAAUCCUGACGCUCCAGCAGGAAGUCACUGAGAUGCAUUCUGUAAUUGAGCUCAGACUCAGAGACUUGGAGCUCAAGAUUUCAGAGUCUUUGGGAAGGUUGGAGACAUCACAGUCAGAGCAGAUUGUGUCCCAGAAGAAUACUACAAGAGACAUACAGAGAGACAUCCAACAGCUUGAAAUAAGGACAUCCCAUGGAUUGAGGAAGCUGGAGGAGGAAGCAGCCAGGAUCAGGAAAUGGACAGAAGAGCAGCUGAGCAACACGGCCCAAACGCAAACACAAAACAGGCAACAGCUGCACGCACUGCUGCAGGACAGAAUGGUGGAGGUGGAGGAGAAGCUGAAAGCACAAGUAGAUCUCAUUUCGACUCAGCUGGGCCGUGUGGAGAAGCAGUUGGAAAAGGAGCGUUCUGUAGAUCGGGCAAAACAAACGGAGAGCAAAAUGAACACCAGAAUUCAGUCUUUGGAGAACAGUUUCCAAGCUGAACUGGAGCAGAUGAGAAGGGAGUAUCAGUCAGGUUUCCAAUUGGUUCAUGAUGCCAUCGCUUCCCUCAGACACAUUGGCGACACCAAGGCCAAACUAGACAAAGGAGAACUGAAGAAAGACAUCAGGCAGAUUCGGAGGAUGGUGGUGGGACAGACAGAUGCCUGAGCUAUACAGAAAACAAGAGAAGGUGAAUGGGGAACAUUCCGGAUCAGAUUGCUUUUAAACCAACAUGGUCAACACUCGUGAUGUCAUUUUAAUGAAUGAUCAUUCGUUUGAUAAUAGAGACAGUUUUGCUAUUCUGAGCUUAAUCAAUUACACAUGAGUCUGAUGUAAAUGGAAUACAAGAUAAAGCAGUUAAAGCACACCUAUUAUAGUUUUUCAGAUAUUACCUUUCAUGUAGUGUGCUAUAGAGCUGUUUGUGAAUGUAAAAACGUCUGCAAAGUUUCAAAAAUCAAAGCGCAUGACAAAAGGAGUUAUUGACUCCCAAAAGAAAGAAUCGAUUCUGAACAGCUGAAACGAGUCGUUAGUGACUCCAGACUUUACUUCCUGUAUUAACCUACGUAGGUUUGUAACAAAAAGCCCCGCCUCUGGUCUUCAUUGUCUGCUCGCUGACAGACGGAGCUAAAACUCGUUAUGGUAGUGGGUGUUUCCUUUUUGACACACGCUGACAGCGGUAGACCAAUCACAACAGACUGGCACAUCUGACCAAUCAGACCAGAGUAUGCUCUCUGAAAGGAGGA